AUGAUCGCAGAUUGCUCAUCGCUGCGGAACCACGUCAAGUUCCGCCACAGCAACGAGAAGCCUUACAGCUGUGAAUACUGCGAGUACAGCUGUAAAAACCUUAUCGACCUUCGUAAACACCUGGACACCCACAGCACUGAGCCGGCCUACCGCUGUGACCUCACUAACUGUGACUACACCACACGCUCACUGCACUCCAUCAAGAACCACUACAAGAACGUACAUGAGGGAGAUUUUGUGGCUCGCUACAAGUGUCAUGUCUGUGAGCAGUGCUUCACUAGGGGAAACAACCUCACUGCCCACCUCCGCAAGAAGCACCAGUUCAAAUGGCCCUCUGGACACCCACGAUUCAGGUAUAAGAAACACGAGGACGGCUUUAUGCGUCUGCAGCUGAUUCGCUAUGAGAGCAUGGAGCUGACAGAGCAACUGAUGAGAGAGAGACCAGAGGGGGAGGAGGGAGAGGACGCUUCCCAGACAGAUAGCUUGGGGCCUGGAGAAGACGAGGAGGAUGCCAGGGCGGUAGCACACUUCACGGACGUACAGGUGGAGAUGAGAGGGGUGCUGUUGGGUGGGGUGUGGGAUCAGGGGGAUGGGGUAUUCUAUGUUCUGACUAGUGUUGACCCGUCUCAGGCAGGGGAGGACACUGUGAUGCUACAGGACACUGCUCAGCAGCUGGGCAUGCAGGUCGUAUAA